GUGAGUUUUUACCGAAAAAAACCCGAUAAAUUCGCCGGUUCGUCGCACGUUUUCCAAUUAUCCAUCGCAAUUGUCGUGUAAAUUGGCGCAUCGAACAAAAUGCCCGUGGAGGUGUAUAAUUGCCGGGAUAAUUUCUUCAAAAGGAUGACCGACCUGGACUCGCCGAAGAAAAACAACGACUGUUAUUUCUACUAUUACUCGACUUGCGCCAAGGGAGAGAGCUGCGCCUUCAGGCACGAGCCGUCGGCGUUGGGCUGCGAGACGACGUGCUCCUUCUGGAAAGAGGGCAAAUGCGUCAACGUACGGUGCAACUUCCGGCACAUGGAGCUCCGGAAGAACCGAAAGGCCAUCCCGUGCUACUGGGAGAGCCAGCCGAAGGGCUGCCUGAAGGCGCACUGCCCGUUCAUGCACACCAGACGCACGGGGGGCGACGCCGCGAAUGACGCCGACGAUGGGAACGUGGACGGAUCGAAGGGUGCCGUGGAUGACGACCGAAAGGUUGAUCUGAGUGCUUCGAACGAACGGAAGGUUACGAUAAUCGAUAGUCUAGUUGCCAAUUUUCAAGAAGAAGCAUCGAUACCCAACCAAAGGUUGGUUAGGGUGAAAUCUCUGGAUGAAAUCCGCCAGGAGAAUUCUCUAAUGGAUGGAAAUCGAUGUAGCCCUUACAACAAUCUUUCUUCCAUCGAUACACAACAAGCCGAUGCCAUCCGACGACGAAUCUACUCAAGAAUGAUACACAAAAACAAUUCGGAUCAAAUUAGAACAACAGACUUGCGCAAAAGGCUCAGCGAUAGCCAAUUCGUAUCCACAGAAGAGAAGAAACGAAAAAUCUCGAUCAAAAGUCGACUCGACGGCAAAACGCAGGCGACUCCGACGCGAUUAAAUUCGAGCUUGAACGACGCGAAACCCCACGUAUCGGUCACCGUCAGCUCGACGGGCGAUCGCAGUUGCGAUACCAACCGCAUAAAAAUAAAAACCCUGGACGAAAUCAAGGCGGAAAGGAGAGCGAAAAACGCGGAAACUGAAACGAAGAGGGUGGUGGAGGAGGAAGAAACGGUGACGAGCACGUCGAUGGAUUUGGAGGUGGACGAUUUCAGACCGCUGGAGAGUAAAAGCCAUACGAAGAAGAUAAUAUUGAAACGGGAAAAUCCCGCGACGAAGACUGAAAGCCCUAUUGAGAUGGACACGGAAAGCGAAUUGAGCAAAUUGGACGAGAGAUUGCUGUUGAGCGACGACGAAUUCGAUUGUGAUGAGGUGGUUCUGUUGAAACCCGAAGAGGAAUUGUUGAACGAGAUAGAUGAGUACUUAUUAAAUAAAUAAAGGGUAAAAUUGUAUUUUACACCCGUACACAUGUAUAUAUAAAGGCGAUUUUUAUUUUUUGA